AUGGUCUUAGAGGACUUGAGCGACAAGAAUGAUGAGUUAAACCAACAGCUCUCGCAGCCAACAGCAGAAAAAAAUGACUUACUCAAGACACUAGAGGACAUUAAAAUCCAACUCAAAGGUCCCAGCAAAUUUGAGCAAGAGCUCCAUUCRACAAUCAAGASCCUGACAGCYAAGAAUGAUGAGCUAAACCAACAACUCUCUCAGUUGACKWCACAGAGAWRUGACCUCCUCAAGACACUAGAGUUGAACGAAAUCCAGCUCAAUGACUCCAGAACCUCAGAGCAAGAGCUCCAUUCAGCAAUCACAAGCAUAUGUGUCAAAAAUGAUGAGUUAACUCAAAAACUCUCACAGUCAACAACACAAGGGGGUGACUUACUCAAGACACUAGAGGAUCUCAAAAUCCAACUCAAGGAUGCCAGAAAUGACUUACUCAACACACUAGAGGAUCUCAAAAUCCAACUCAAAGAUUCCAGCAGUUCUGAGCAAGAGCUCCAUUCAACAAUCAAGAACCUAAAUGACAAGAAUGAUGAGCUAAACCAAAACAUCCUCAACUUUGCAACUGAAAGGAAUGACUUACUCAAGACACUAGGGUUGAAUGAAAUCAAACUCAAAGAUUCCAGACUUUCUGAGCAAGAGCUCCAUUCAACAAUCAAGAGUCUGAAUGACAAGAAUGCAGAGUUGAAGCAAAACCUUCUACAGAUUACAACCGAGAGGGAUACCUUACUCAAGACACUAGAGGAGUGCAGAAUCCAACUCAAAGAUACCAGAACAUCUGAGCAAGAGCUCCAUUUGACAGUCACAAGCCUUAGYGACAAGAAUGRYGAGUUAAACCAAAACCUCUUAGAGUUUACAACAAAUAUGGAUGACUUACUCAAGACACUAGAAGACUGCAAAAUCCAACUCAAAGAUUCCAGAACAUCUGAGCAAGACCUCCAUUCAACAAUCACAAGCCUUAGUGACAAGAAUGAUGAGUUAACCCAAAACCUCCUUCAGUUUACAACAGAAAAGAGUGAUUUACUCAAGACACUAGAGUUAACUGAAAUCCAACUCAAAGAUUCCAGACUUUCUGAGCAAGAGCUCCAUUCAGCMAUCACAAGUCUAUGUGUCAAGAAUGAUGAGUUAACUCAAAAACUCUCAAAGUCAACAACAGAGGUGGAUGACUUACUCAAGACACUAGASGAGUGCAAAAUCCAACUCAAGGAURCCAGAAGUUCUGAGCAAGAWCUCCAUUCAAMAAUCAAAAGMYUGACUGAYAAAAAUGAYGAGCUAAACCAAAAACUCUGUAAUAAAUUUGAAACAAUUGAGAAAUUUGCAGCACARCAACAGGAAUUCAUUGGUCAGUUGUUUGGCCUUCAAAGAUCCCUGGAUGAAGCCAGAACCUCASAGCAAAAUCUCCACCUUGAGAUAGUGUCAAUGAAAACCCAAAGAGAAGAAAUGGAGAAAGAUACCAACAUUGAGAAGACUAAAUUGAUGAAAAGGAUAGCUGAGCUGGAAGAGGAUCUAAAUAAUGCAGAAAGAGCUAARCAAGAUUYUGGUAAGAAAGAACAAUAYCAYAUGAAGCGAAUAACUGAUCUGGAAGAACUUUUAGCUGAUACUAAAAGAACUCAACAACAAGCCAGAGAUACACAACAAUCCAAUCUUAUGAAUCAAAUAGCUGAUCUGGAAGCACUUCUUGCAAAAGCCAAAAAAACUGAACAARAUGCCAKAGAAAGACUGGAGUCCUAUGAAAGACRCAAAACAGAUGAGAAUGAUCUASAAAAUAAAUUGCAGCACCUUGAAUUUCUUYUAGAAGAUUCUAGAAUGUCCCUUGAGUAUACGGAAAGGAAAYACAAAUCCUUGGAGGAAAACAAUGCCAACUUAAAAAAGCAGCUUGACCAAAAAGAUCAGAUAGGCCUCCAAUUGGUACAAAAGAACCAUGAAAUGAGGAGUAAAUUGAAUGCCUUGAUGGUCACGCUUACGGACAAGAAAAUUAUGGCUGAAACUCUUCAGCAAAGGCUGAAUGCAACAAAUGAAUACAASAAUAUGUUGGUGCAGAAACUUGCCCAAAAGAAGAGGGAGAAAGUGAAAAAAGAGCCUGGUGAUCAAGGCUAA